GCUCAAAGAGGCUGAGAGCCAACUGCCUGACUCAGCAUAAUAACACAUUUCUUAUUUCUAUUAUAUAUUAAUCAUUUAUAAAUCAUGUCUAAUCCUAAUUUUUAUAAUGAUUUUCAAAGUAGUUUUACAUUCCACGGCAAUUAUCCUGCCCUUCCACCUUUCUUCUCUGUCCCACCACCACCCAAUCCUGUAUACAUACCUCUAUUUGCCCCACCAUCUGACCAGGACUUUGUCAAGACCUUUGAACGGUAUAUUAGAAAGCCUAAUAUUGAAAAUUCCAAAACUGACUCCAUAUCUGUUGUACAUGAAAAAGUAACCAAUCUAGUUUGUACUCUAGAUGAAAUAAAACAAAAAGAGAAACUUUUACAAGAAAAUGUUGAUACUUUGUCUGAUGGUGACUGGGAUAUUCAUAUGAAAGAAAUAGAAGAUAAGAAAGCAAAUAUAAAAGAUAUAUUAGAUUUAAUCAAUGAUCAAUAUCUUGAUAAUGCUAGAAAGCUUCUAGCAAAACGAGCAUCAAAGAGAUUACGAAUGAAGAGAGUGAAAUUGGAAAGGAGUCGAGAAAAGAAAGAGAGAGUGAAGCAAAUGGAAGAAACAUCUAGAAAAAUUGAUGAGAAUUUGAGGAAAAUUCAAGAUGAUAUUGAAAAAUCUAAACAGGAAGCUGAAGCAAAACUACAUGCAGAUAGUGUGUUGAAAGAGGUGAUCCGUAAGAAAACUGAUGCGAAGAAAUGUCUUGUGAAACUGGACGCAUUGCUGAGACUGCGCCGCGCCCGAGUCAACACGGCUAGGGGCAGGGGAGAGACUGCGCCAGAACAUGAGACAGUGGCAUUCGAAAAUAACAUUGAGAAACUUAAGCAACUCUGGUCAAAAAAGUUGGAAAUUUAUGAGAAGGAAGAGAUUGAUUUGCGCGCUACAUUGAAAGACAGCUCCGAUGUCAAGGCAAAUGUUAUUGAAGCAGAUGAGGUGUUGGGGAAUUUGAAAAAAUGGAGAGAACUCCUUUUUGGUGACUGUCUGCCGCAAGUCAACUUUAAAGGAGAUGUUAAUAAAUUUGUUUCUAAAAGGUGCGAGUGGGACAAGUAUGUAUGUAUUACUGGGUCUGCAUUACCAUUGGGCUGGGUGGUACCCAAUCUGCAGCCUUGAAUGGAAAGCUACAAAGCUAAUUUUAUUUGCUGCCAUCUAUGUAAUGGCUUUAAUGCUUGC